AUCAUAGUGCUGUGCUGACUAGGGAAGCAUUAUUUAUUUAUUUAUUUUAUUCGAAUACGGACCCGUUUCCAUUUCUGAGAAAAAGAAAACUCUCGCCAUUUGAUCACACGCAAACUCUAGAAAACCGUCAAACCCUAACCUGAAUCGCAAAUCAUUCCCGACGAAGAAAUCAUGGGGAACGCAGACAAAUUGAUGAAUCAGAUCAUGGAGCUCAAGUUCACGGCGAAGAGUCUCCAGCGCCAGGCUCGUAAAUGCGAGAAAGAGGAGAAAGCCGAAAAGGUCAAGAUCAAGAAAGCAAUCGAGAAGGGAAACAUGGACGGAGCUCGGAUCUACGCCGAGAACUCUAUCAGGAAGCGCAGCGAGCAGAUGAAUUAUCUCCGCCUCGCUUCCAGGCUCGACGCCGUCGUGGCCCGCCUCGACACCCAGGCUAAGAUGACAAACAUCGGCAAGUCCAUGGGAAACAUCGUCAAGUCCCUCAAUAGUACCCUCAACACUGGGAAUCUCCAGAAGAUGUCCGAGACAAUGGACACUUUCGAGAAGCAGUUUGUGAAUAUGGAGGUCCAGGCCGAGUUCAUGGAGAGCUCCAUGGCCGGGAGCACCUCCCUGUCCACCCCUGAGGACCAGGUCAACUCCCUUAUGCAACAGGUGGCCGAUGACUAUGGGCUUGAGGUUUCCGUUGGGCUUCCACAGCCUGCUGCUCAUGCCGUGCCCACAAACACGGCGGAGAAGGUCGAUGAGGACGACCUUUCAAGACGCCUUGCUGAGCUCAAGGCCCGUGGGUAAACGAUGUUCUACAAGUAUGUUGUGCUUAUAGCACUGCAGAUUGACCACUUCCAUAUACUGUAAUUGUGUAUUAAGUGAAUUUCUACAUGUCUGUCGUGCCUGCCUAUGCCUUGGUGUAUUUAUAUUUACAUUUGGAAUGUGGAGUUCAUUUCCAUUUAUGCUUUAAGGCUCUUAUUAUGAAAUUAUUAUGUGCAGCAUCAUUCUCUGCAGAGAGAGUACUUGAAUAUGUUUGAUGCAAAGUAAACAUCUUCUCUGGUAUUUGCAUUGCCUACAAAGAGGUUA